AUGGCUGCAUUCACCGAGCUUCGAGCACGAGCUUCAACGACUAGCGGUACUGUUCUUACCGCGUACAGCAGCCGUGGAUUCAGCGCCCACGCUUCGUUGCCGUUCGAACCGGCGUCUGGUGGGAAAAUUGCUUCUACCAGCGAUAAAGCGGCGGGACGGAAGAUAAAUUUCAGCGGCUGGAAGAUUAGCGGCGUCGCGGUGUCCCUGCAGUACCUCCUGUCGCUACUCGCGGUGUCGCUACUCGCUGCGGUACAUGUUGCGGGAAAUCCGCCUCUGCCGCCGGCAGCGGCGCCGCCGGCCACGCCGCGGCUCGUUCUGCUGGCGAAUAACUCGUUCGACGCGAAAUGUCUCGACGGGAGCCCCCCAGGGUAUUAUUUCCGGCCGGGCACGGGGGGCGGCAAGAGCAUGUGGCACAUUUACCUGCCGCACGGAGGGUGGUGCUUCUCCCCUGACGAAUGCCUCCGUAGGAGCAGGACUGCGAGCGGCAGCAGCACCUUCUUUCCCGCCGAUCCCACCUACGCGAACCUCUCGCCGAAUUUCAAGGGCAUUCUCAGCAGCAGCAGCGAAAUCAACCCGCACUUCCACGACUGGAACCUCGUUCGUCUCAUCUACUGCGACGGUGGCGGAUACUCGGGCACAGCGGGGAGGGUGGAGGCUGGCAACGGCACGGCAAUCUACCUGGAUGGGUGGAAGAUCGUUCAAGCUGUCAUUCAAGGUACGUUGCUACUCAUGAGCUUGAGUAGUUGGGUGGACAGCGGUGGCGGCAGCUACGCGGGCACGGCAAUCUACCUGGAUGGGUGGAAGAUCGUUCAAGCUGUCAUUCAAGAUUUGAAAUCGAAUCGCGCAAUCAGAUCCGCAGAUCAGAUUCUCCUGGUUGGAAGCUCGGCGGGCGGCCAAGCGGCCGUGGCUCUCUGCGAUCGCAUCGCCGGCGCUUUCCCCUGGGCGGCAACCAAAUGCAUUUCUGACUCGGGCUUCUUUGUUGACUCCAAGGACCGAGAGGGCGGGAACACGUGGCGUGCCAAGGCACAGAGUCUGGUGGAUCUGCACAAGCCCAGCUGGCCUGCUUGCAUGCAUGGUGAGAUGAGGUGCAUGCAUACUGGUUACAGGGUUACCACGUGGCAUGCCAAGGCACAGAGUCUGGUGGAUCUGCACAAGCCCAGCUGGCCUGCUUGCAUGCAUGGUGAGAUGAGAUACAUAGAGGUGAGAGAUGCAUGCUGA